CUAAAUUUGCAAGCGGCUCUCAGCCGUUUCAGAAAUCAAAACCACCAAAAACUCCAUCGGCGUCAGAUCAGCUCCCUCCAAAUGGCCCCGGUUGAAGACAUAGCAGAGAAAGAGAAAGCAGCUCCCGAAGCAAAACCAGAAGCAGAGGUGGAAGAAGAGGAAGUGGAAGAAGACGAAGAGGAGGAGGAGCUUUGGACGUCGGACUCCGACGUCGGAGAUGCGUUGGACUAUUUGGACUCCAAGGACGACGACAGAGGAGUAGAAGGCGGCUUUACCAUCAAUUCACGGCGGCCCAAUGCCCACGGCGGCCUUCACUCCCGCCCUGCUUCCUCGACCCUUCAGCCUCUCGCUAAUCGCAACCAGAAGUUCACUACCCACAUCCGAGCUUCGCCUCUGGAGGAGUGGGAAGGGAGGUUCAACGUUGGAAUGUCCAACUCCGUGACCACUGCCAUUCGGGGAAGUGUUCGGGACAUGGCCAUUGGCAGAACGAAAACUACUGAGAAAGCAGACCGUGCCACUGUUGAGCAGGCCAUCGAUCCUAGAACUCGGAUGGUUUUGUUCAAAAUGUUGAAUAGUGGCGUGUUUCAUGAUAUCAAUGGCUGCAUUUCUACCGGGAAAGAAGCAAAUGUGUAUCACGCAACAAAAUCUGAUGGCCAGGAAAUGGCUAUCAAAGUGUUCAAAACAUCUAUUCUGGUUUUUAAGGACAGGGAUAGAUAUGUACAAGGGGACUACCGAUUCAGACAUGGAUACUGCAAGCGCAAUCCUAGGAAAAUGGUGCAGACAUGGGCUGAGAAAGAAAUGAGGAAUUUAAAGAGGCUAAAGGAAAACGGAAUUAGGUGCCCAUCUACAGUUAUUUUAAGACUUCAUGUUCUGGUCAUGGAAUUCAUAGGGAAAUCGGGUUGGGCAGCACCUCGUCUUAAGGAUGCUGCGUUAUCGCUAGACAAGCUACGGGAAGGUUAUAUGGAGAUAAUUAUUGCUAUGCGAACAAUGUAUCAGAAGAGCAAAUUGGUGCACGGAGACCUUAGUGAAUACAACAUACUUUACUUUGAGGGCCACUUGUACAUUAUUGAUGUUUCUCAAGCAGUUGAUCUGGACCACCCUCAUGCCCUUGAUUUCCUACGAGAAGAUUGUGUCCAUGUAUCUGAUUUCUUUAAGAAACAUGGUGUAGCUGUUAUGACAAUUCGAGAGCUCUUUGAUUUUAUAGUUGAUCCAACUAUUGCUGAUGAUGCAGUGGAGAGUUAUCUCGAUAUGGUACAACAAAAGGUUACGGCAAGAGGAGAUAUAUCUGCAGAGGAGGAAAUUGCAGACUCUGUAUUUGUACAGUCGUACAUUCCAAAGACUUUAGAUGACGUGAAGAAUGCUGAGCGGGAUGUAAUACGGUUAACUAGCGGAGAGGACACAGGGGACAUGUACUAUAAAACUAUUACAGGACUGAAGGAGGCUCUUCCUCAUGGUCAACCAGCUUCAUCUGAGAAGGAGCAGAAACAAGAUGAUGCUACUGCUGUAGCAGAUCCCUCUGAAAAUCCCGAGACUGAAUCUGACUCUGAUACAGAUGACAACUCAAGUGACUCGGAAGGGCAGAGCUCCUCUUCCGAAACCAAGGCACAGGAUCCUCUCGAAAAGAAAGCUGCUAGGAAAGAGAACAAGAAGAAAGUGAAGGAAGAGAAGAGGGAAGCUCGGAAAACCAAAGUGCCGAAGGCUCUGAAGAAACGAAAGAAAAAGAUGGCCAAAGCACACAAGACCAGGUAGUUCUGCUUGGGAUAACUAUAGAGCAAUGGAUUGGAUGCUGUUGUUUUAGAAAGGAUGCUAGAAAUAUUUUUGGUAGGAAUUAAAUUAAGAAAAUUGCUUAACUUGUACUCUUUUUCCUUUUUCCAAGAACUACAUGUACCUUUGAUAUAUGAAAAUAUAAUCUUAUUUUUGAGUUUGCA